AUGCCAGUAACACGAGAACAAAUUCGACGAGAAACUAUUAAAGAUGAAGUAUUGCGUAAAGUUUGCCACGAACUGGAGAGUAGUUCAUCGAACCCGAACGAAACACAAACGAAGUAUAACAUGCACGAUGGAUGCAUUUUCUAUGGUAUGCGCGUUGUCAUCCCAAAAUCACUGCAACAAACAGUUUUGAACGAAUUACACGAUGCUCAUUUGGGAAUGACGAAGAUGAAGGCUAUGGCACGUAGUUACUGUUUUUGGAAUGGUAUUGAUGCCGAUAUUGAAAUGACGGUAAAGAAAUGUCGAAGUUGCUGUUUGGUUCAGAAGGAAGCCGCCAAAGUUCCAGUGCAUUCGUGGGAGUUUCCAUCGUUCCCAUUUCAACGAAUUCAUAUAGACUAUGCUGGGCCAUUCAUGAACACGAACUUUCUAUUGAUCGUCGACGCUUACAGUAAGUGGCCGGAGAUUUUUCCUACGAGGAAUACUGACACGAAAACUACGAUUCGAAUUUUGAGAAGGACGUUUGCUAGGUUUGGUAUUCCAGUUACGAUGGUUAGCGACAAUGGCCCACAAUUUCGAUCAAACGAGAUGGACACAUUUACGAAACAAAAUGGUAUUCGCCACAAAUUCACGGCGCCAUACCAUCCAGCAAGUAAUGGGCAGGCUGAACGUUAUGUGCAAAUGCUGAAGAAGGGUUUGCGUUGCAUGGCAGAUGAGCCUGGUGAUUUGGAUUUGAAGUUGGAUCGCCUGCUGAUACAAUAUCGAAAGGCACCGAACAGUACAACAGGUCAAAGUCCAGCUGAACUCAUGUUUGGGCGACAAAUCCGAACCAAAUUGGUGACAAAGUACAGAUACGGUCAUACCGAAACUUACGAGUUAAAUGGGAAUUUGGGACUGUAUUCGCACGAUGUGGCCUUACACAUUAUGAUGUAG